AUGCCUCCGCGCCGCCGCCCCUCCUCCGGCUACCAUGGUGUCCGGGCGCGGCCGAGCGGCCGGUUCGACGCGGAAAUCCGCUCCGGCGAGGAGCGGAUCCGCCUCGGCACGUUCGACACCGCGCACGAGGCGGCGCGGGCGUACGACACCGUCGCCUGGCGGCUCGGCCGCUCCAGGCGGACGAUGAACUUCCACGACGUCUUCACGCGGGAGCAAGCGGCGAUGCUAGCGCCGCCGCCGCCGAUGAUCACGCGUGAACAGCAGCGCCGACAUCGGGAGCUGGAGCAGCGCCUCCUCAUCGCCGAGCACGACGAGGCGCUGCGCCUCGAAUGGAAGGAGGAGGAGAAGGCGGCGAUGAAAGCGAAGAAAAAGGCGAGCCGCGAGAAGCGCCGCGCCGAGUCCGCAGCGAGGAAGAAGGCGAGGGCCGAGGCGGCUGCGAGGAGGAAGGAGGAAAAGAGGAACGGCGUAGGGCCGUCGACCAUCGUCCUCUCCUCCUCCUCCUCCGACUUCCAGUGGACGACGACGUCGACGCCGGUGUCGGACACGACACUGAGCAGCUCCGACUUCGACUGGGAGUCCGAUGACCAUUCGGUGGAGUAG